AGAUGCUUCUCCUUACAUGUAGGUAUCUCCCUCCAAACUGGCAAGCUUAACAUUUCUCAGACUCUGCAGGGUUGGAGCUGUAGCAGUGCUUGUUCACCCUCUCAACACUGUCGACUGCCUCGUUGUACAAACGUUGUAUUUCCCAAAACAUUCAGUGGAUCGGGGACGGUAAGUACUAGUUCAUGAUCCGGAGCAUUUCUUGGCACCAUCCAACAUCACCAGGCGGUAAUGGAAGGUCUACGGUAGAACAACACUGAGAAAAUGUCUAAGAUGUCUUUCCAUUCGAUCAAAUUCAUUUUUGAUCGAUCUUUGGAUCGACUCGAUUUUAUUUUGCACUUCUCCCCACGUGAAAUAGGUUUCUUGUUUUAUCUAUGUUCUCCACUUUCGUAUCUCCAACUUUAAAUACCACGAAUUAGGAAGGGGGAUCAAAAGACAAAUUAGACACAAUUCACAAUGAAGCCCCGGAAAUUGAAAAGUCCAGACACCUCUCGCAAGUUCCAGAGAUUAGCACCUAAGAAAUAAUAUUCAUCUUUCUUGUAAGCAAUAGACAAGCAGCUCUGUCACGUGACAGGUACUAGCAACUGUUAAUCCAAUAUGCAGUCAGGCAGAAACUAAACGGUUCUGCGAGAAGGAAAGGUUAAAUCCUUCAACUAAGUACUUUCCGACCUGAUCAAACAAUAAGUAGCAUUAAUGGGCUAUGGAACAGCAAGAUGCGUCGAUCGUUUGAAAAUAUUAAAUUGUUUUGCUUGAAAUGCGUGUACAGAUUAUUCCUAUUAUGUUAGCAUAAUCCCUUGUGCGUCCUGGCUUCAAAAUUACAGGUUAACAUCUAUGUGACGGUGAGCCAUGGUGAGAAGUUUUCACGUGUCCAUUCACCCUCGGCUAUGUGGGUUCAGUCCGUCACUACACGUGACUUUGAUGUGUGUGCACGUGAGUCAGGUAUUGGAUCAAAUGGUACAGGAAUCAUCAACUGGUUGGCUUUCCAAGAUUAUCCACAAAUGACGCGUGGUAGUGUUUCGUUUAGUGGAAUAUGGACAACGGAAACUAAGUGUGAAAAAGUUACCUUCUCACAGGUUAGAAGAAAAGCAAAACCAAAGUUUGACGUCAAAUCCUCGGAGUAUGUUCUACCCCAAUAAAAAAGACUUUAGACCAACUUGCGGAGUGAAGCCUGUUCACUUCAUGUCGGACAGAUUUUUGUGGUCAUUCAGACAGGCAAUUCAAUAUUCAGAAAUCUUGUCGGUGGGUUGCAAAGUCCAAACUCUGCAAGGUAAAAAAAGAGAGGAAUUGGGAGAGACUUCAAGCUUCUCCCUCUCAACUAUCCGAUACAUAUCUUCAUCUUAAAGCCAUUAUGCAAUGUCAAGCCGUAUGAUUUUUAUUAAAGCUGAGGUAAAUUGACUCCACAGAUAUAAAUUCAUAUAUUUAACAACAUUGCAGAGUUUUCCCGGAAGACCAUCUGUGUUUGCGUCAGCUAGGUACACACGUGACACAAAGCCGAAUGACGCUAUGUAUGUUUGGUUGGAAAAUGUAAAUUCUAAAAGUUUCGAGGUGUGCAUCCGGGAGUUCCUGCCCUUCGAUGGAAAACAUCAAGACACUAUUGUGGUAAGAGAUAUCUCUACUGUAUUUUCAUGGGUGGACCUGUAAGCCAACUUUUCUGUUUUCUUUUUUUUUUUUGUCCAAUAGCCUUGUCGUCGUCUGACGACAGGUCUUGCUUUGCAUUACUUUAUUGCAGGACUGGUUUGCAUUUGUUGGCAAUGGCUCUGAAUCUAAUUUUACGCUGUCAGGAGAAGCAGAUUUUCCAAACAGCAACCUGCCAACAGCUGAGGACAAUUAUGGUUUCUGUCAAGUGAGUGUAAUUUAGUCUAGCUUACUGUAAACUAUUUAUGAGGAGCUAUUUUAAGGCAGAAAAAUUAUUGAACGGGUUGGUUUGCAAAACAGAGCUAGUAUUAUGUGUAUUGUUUCACAUAUAAAUGUUUUCUCUCUUUUUAUUUUUAUAGCAAGUGCAGUUUAACACAACCUUUUAUGCUUCACCUGUUGUCCUUGUGUCUGUGCAUCAUCUGUACAACCCUCAAGUCAGCAUGAAAAGCCUCGUCUCACCGAACAAUAACAUCAUAUCAGCCUGGGUUGAGGUAAAUAAACAGUCUAUUUCUAUUUCGCUCAUAUAAAGGGCUAACGAUCGAAACGUCAGGCUACAAACUCUUUACGGUGGCCAAUAUAUAUUAUAAAAUCAGUUGAUAAAACCAAAUUAUCCAAUCUAUUUCUAUGAUUAUUAUUCUACUGUUGCCUCACCUUGUGCUCUUUGGUCUCGGUGUAGGAAGUUAGCCUUACAUCCAUGAGGAUUUGCGUCAAAGACUUGAGUGGAACAGGAAGCAAACACGACCCUCUGUCGGUUAACUACGUCGUAGUAGGAGGUUUGGAUUCAACUUCAAUGUGUUGGUGCAACGUAACUUUGGGAUCUCUCUUUAAUUGUGUGGUAACUACCAUUUUGUUUCGCAUCCACAGACCUCAAUCCCUGUCUAGACGUGUUCUGCCCAUCAUUCGGAGUCUGCAAAACCUACAGUGCCCAUGAAGCUCGCUGCGUGUGUGAUGACAACUGCCCGUCGUAUCAAGAUCCUGUCUGCACGGAAAAUGGAACAACAUAUGACAAUGAAUGCCUGUACAAAUUGAGCUUCUGCAAGGGAAUGGACAAUAAUACCUUGUAUCAUCCUGGAAGCUGUGAGGGUAAGGCUAUAUUUCUAUGAAAAUGAGAUUUGUUUACCGCUAACAAGGUGAUUUGGUAUUAUCAACUCAGUUGGUAACACCAAAUUAUACCCUGUUAUACUCUCCCCCCGACGCAGCACCACAGUUUCUUUAGAAACUUACCCCCUUUAAUCAUUUACCUCUAAGAAUAGAUACAAACAACUUAAAGUUUCCAAGGAUAUACAUGGAACCCUUCAGCAACUUGAGAUAUAUCAGAAAAAAUGGUCACGGAGAGCAUAGAACUUCAGCUUUUUAAUUCUCUGCAGGAUUUCCAAUCGUUCAUGGUCGUGUCAAGCUUCUUCGAGUUCCCGAUUGGUCAGAUUCAAGUUGCCAGACAGUGGUGUUCCCACCAUACCGCUUCUAUCCGAACAAAGAGGUUCAAGUACAGAUCACCCUUAAUCACAUGAACUUGAAUGACUCCGUCACAGUGCACCAUGCUAUCACAUCCUGGACCGAAAAAAUCAAUACGCAAAAUUUUACAGUAUGCGCAAUGCAAUCUGGGAGAAAUGGAAACAACUUCAAUCCUUUCGCCACUGUUGAUUGGAUGGCGUACCAGGGAGCACCAACGGAGGGAACGACGGGAAGAGUGAAGAUGACGAAAUGGUGGUCAGGAACGAAUUGUGCAGAUGUGACUUUUCCAAAAGUAGGUUUCCAUUCAAAUAUUUUUCGGCAUUCUUAUUACUUUUCUGAAUGACGGGUUCCAUUUCGUUUCCAUGUCAAAAUGAUCCUUACCAAAAUAAUAAUAUAGUAAUGAUACAGUCAACACCGGUUAUUAUGGACACCCUCGGGGGGAGAUUAAUGUCCGUAAUAGCAUGAGUUCGUAAUAACAGGGUACGAGAGAAAAACAAAUUGUUUUUCUCUAAACAUAUGUAAUAAUGGAUAUUGAAUGAAGUACUUAAGUGUCCGCUUAAGUGAGAGAAAAACAAGUGAAAAGAAGUCCUCCGGUAAAAGGGGAGGAGGGGAGGGGCGGUAUGAAAGUUUCCGCAUUACCGUAAUAGCGAGGGUCCGUAAUAACAGGAGUUUAUUUCAGUCAUUUCUUUAUACGUUUCGGGGGACUGGCUCUUGUCAGCAUGGCGGGGUGUCCAUAAUAACGAGUCGUCCGCAGGUUGAGAGUCAACUGUAGUAGUAAUAUUGAUAAUAAUGAUAACAAAAUUGAUAUAAAAAAGACCGUCAGCAUGAGGUUAAAACAGACAGCAAUUAACUGAACUCUGAUUUCAGUUUAUUUAUCCAUUUAUACCAAACUCAAAUAAAACUGCGAAAUUUGGCAAGAUGUGUGAUGGAAUGAUUUACUUUUAUGUGUUCAGGACAAAUUUAAGGAUUCACCAGUUGUUCUUGUGACGUCCAAUCACCAAAGAAGUGGGAAGGAACAUGACGCUGCGUUGAUUUGGACAGAAGAUGUAACCAAGAACUCGUUCAAGGCUUGUUUGCGGGAGCUGCAAAACUUUGACGGCAAACAUCAAGAUGUUUAUGUGGUACGUGAUGUGUUCUGUCCAAAUAUUACAACUGUAAGAUCGAUAAAGAUCUGAGAUUAGGGACAUUUUUUUAUGUCUGCAUUUUUAAUUAAGCUUGAUUAGGAUUCUUCCAAAAGUUUCCCUCGUUUUGACAGUAAAAAUAGUUUUUUUUUAAUUGUUUGUUUAAUUGAAUUUCAAGGUCCUCUAUGUGUGGCAACAAAUGCAAUACGAUACUGUGCUUACUAGAAGUAAGUCUUUUGUUUUGUUCACUGCUUCUUCAUAGAACUGGUUGGCGUUUGCUAAAUUGCAUAAGCCGCUCUUCACUGAACAUGGCUCUGUAAACUUUCCAAACACGAAUCCACCAACAGAUGAAGACAACAAUGCUUACUGCGAGGUAAGUGUACAAUGAUGUUAUGAGAAAAAAUGGACUUUUACGUAACAAAUAUUCCAGGAUUACCCUCAAAUACCUUUUUUACCUCACUGAUAGUUUAUGCAUUUCAAACGAAAUUACAAUGCGACACCAUCCGUCCAGAUCUCAGCGAAUCACAGCACAUCAGCAAGUGGAAACUCGGCACCAGUUCAUAACGGCGUUUCUACAUGGAUUGAGGUAAAUAGCUUACUUCUCGGAAGCUUUAAAAUAACACAGGAAAUUGGCUUAAAAAAAGAUGAUUGACUAUCACAUGUCAGAAUUUCAAUUUCCUUAUCUGUGGUGCAGUGUAAGACUAUAUCUCGAGCGAGAUCGAUGUCAAACUUGCGAAGACAGCCCAGAAAUAAAAAGAAGAUUUAAGCUAAGAAAUUCUGAUUGAUUACAGAAUAUGAAUGAAUCUGGAUUCAGAGUUUGUGUCAAGGAAUUGUACGAGACUAGAUAUGAUCCUGUGUCAGUGGCUUAUGCGGUCCUUACAGGUCAGUAAUCAUUCCAAAUAAAUCAACUAAACUUUGGGGGUUAUAUUUCACAAUAUUUAGAGAGAGACUGAUGCAAAACUCGUUUAGAAAAUUUGCAAAUAUAUGAAUUAUUUCAAUAUUAAAUAAAACAUUUAUUACUAGACAUCUGCGAUUCCAAAUGGAGCUACUUCGAUGGCUUCUGUUAUUUCACGAGUGAUACCUGUGCAGAUUGGACCGCAGCAGUUAAAAAAUGUAGACAAGAAAACUCAGUCCUUAUUGAUGUCAACAACAACGAAGAAAAUGUUUACAUACAACAUCGCCACAAUGGAGAGAAGUCCUGGCUUGGUUUCAAUGACAGAUCAAGAGAGGGUGACUUUACUUGGGUUGAUCGUGGACAUGGAAACUUUACAGUGUGGGCCACGAAUCAGCCAAAUAAUUUCAAAGAAGAAGAUUGUGUGCAUGCACUUGGUGUGAAAUACAACUACGAAUGGAACGACGUGCAGUGUAGUGAUUGUCAUCAGUUUACUUGUAAGAAAGGUAAGUCAAACAUAUUAAAUGAAGCUUUUACGAUAUCAUUUUCACAAGCAAAACUUAAUUAAUGUUUUUCAAUGGCUGGUUUGGUGUUACUUGUGUAAUGACUCAGUUCUGUUUGGGCUUAUCCUGAUUUUGGAAAGGUGAGGAAACUUGGAAUAUUCCCCUCCUCCUGUAUAAGAUGUCAGUCCACCACAUGUAAGUCCUUGCAUUUUGCCAUGUUUUCUUUCAGAACAGUUCAUUGAAAACCAUUAAAUCUCCUUGAUGAGGAGAGGCACUGAGAAGGUUGGGUAUAUUGCUUAAUCAUGUAAACAACACAACUCAACGAUCCUAUUGUGAGGCUCAGAUUUGACCUGUUGACUUCCUUGUUCCGUUGUUGUGUAAUAGUUAGUGCGCUGGACUGCAUAUCGAGAAGUCUGGGUGGACCACCGUGCUGCUCUUUUUGGGAAAGAAUUUAGGUACCUCCAGUCUAUCAGGGAAACUUCAUAACUUUCUUAGGGGGAGGUGGAGGCACGAAUAUUAGCAAUACUUUCAAUCAGUUUAAUGUACGGAAAUAUGCAAAGUCAGUAAUGGGAAAUUACGUUCACGAGGCUUAACAUUACCAUUUCUGUUUCUUCUGUGCUGAAAAAGUGUUAACUGCUUCAUUUUAUUCCCACACUAGACUUAAAUGAAUGCCAAAAUGACCUGAAUUACUGUCACAAGCUGGCCACGUGUACAAAUGAACGUGGCUCGUACACGUGCAAGUGUAAAGCUGGAUGCUUUGGAGAUGGAUUUGAUUGUUAUUACAUCUAUGCAGGUGAGAUGUGCUGAAAAACAACUUGAAAUACAAUGUUAUAGCCCUUUAUGCCCAACAAAUCUUGGGUUAAGUUUGACAAGAAAUUGUCGGUAAAGCAGCAAAGCGAAAGUUUGGGGUUCGUAACUCAAAUCUUAACCGUAAACUGGCUUUCUUUUCAAACUAUAAAAAACACUUUUGAGCCUUUUAUCAAUCUCAAAAAAUAGUUCUGGAAGACUAGUUUUUCAUUUUUUUUCUCGACCAUGUAAAGUGUAUUCCGUACGUGACAACUGAGUUCAAAUUUUAUCACACUUUUCCCGAAGUACCGAUUAACAUACCGCUUUCGACAUCGCUGAAGUGGACAAGUUUCCCGUUUUAAGAGCCUUGUUUAUACCCUGCGUCACCAACGAAUUCGCCACAGAUCAGUUGUGUGUUGUUGUUGUGUCAAUGUUCCUCGCCUUCUUUAUACAUUAACAUUAAAAUAGGUUGCAAAGGGUGUGAUAAUACUUAUUCUUUUAUUAAGGCCUAGGUUACUCAGCAAUAUUGGCAAAUGAUGAUAAUUACCUUGGAACCCUGAGCAAUUGGUUAAACCCUGUUGUACAGAGCCAGUCCUCUUACUGGAAGCGCUGUUGGCGAGCAUCAGUGGAUGGUUGGGCCAGUACUACCUUCCACUCAUUGUGCGACAGCAAAGGGCCGACAGUGACUAUAGUCCGUGUGGGAAAAUACAUCUUUGGUGGAUACACCAGCUUGUCAUGGAGUAAGUGCAUCAUGGAUUGAAUUUACUUGCCUUUUCUCCUCGCCGAAGUAGAACCUAUAAAUUAAACUCUAAGAGUAUAUCUGGUUUCUAAUUUGAAAAAAAAAAAAAAAAAAAACAAACAAACAAACAGUCAAAACAAAACAAUGCAAUGGGGUCCACGGUAUAUUUGAUUAGGACUACCAGUGCCUCAUAAGCAAUAUAAACUAAUCAUGCCCUUACUUGAGAUUUCUUUUUAAGUUGAGCUUUUUCAACGAGUAUCUUUUUCUACAUAACUGUUAAAAACGAAUUGGCGCUACAUGAAUUAUUUUAAUCAUUACUUACUAGAGGACGACGCGAGCAAUGUGCGGAAGAAGUGAAUGAUAUGUUCAAACAAGGUUUUGUUCCUUUAUACGGGUUGUUGAAACCUGCGCCAAAUUUCAACUGGUGUAGGCGAAUUUAGAUAUUUCUAAAUUUUAAAGAAAGGAAAAAAAAAAGAAAACCCGAAUAUUCCUCUGUCAUUUCAGGGAUUAGUUUUCCUACAAGCUUCUUUAAAUUAAACGGGGAGAAAUUCGAUUUUCCGCUUCUGGGCCGACUCUCGAUGUUUUCAUACUAACGAUCUCGGAAAAAAUUCCAUUUUAAAUACUAUUUACGAAUGUUUUACUAAUAUUGAUGUCAAUGAGUUAAGAAACAUGAGUUGACAUAAAGGCCCACCGCCCAUGGAUAUACGCCGCUUGGGAAGCGCUAAAAUGUAAUUAGCGCCGCGGCGAUGAAUCGAGUAAACGCGUUACUAAGAAUAAACCAGCGUGAUAAAUGCCUCAGCCUCUCAUAUAAUAUUCUCUGCACGAGCUGCAGGAUUUCAUGAGACGCUGAAAAUUUUGAUACAGAUGUAAAGCGGUGAUUGGUUUGUUCCCUUGAAAAGGAUAGACAGUUGAAUUCUAUUCUGAAUUAUUUACUUAUUAUUCAGCUUCUAAUUGUGGAUACCACUACACUUCGAGCGCCUUUUUGUUCUCAUUGGUUAACAAGCCUGGAUGGGGACCAGUGAAACUAACCCAACAAGGCCAGUAUAGUUAUUAUAGGAGUUAUUCCACAUACAGUUGUUCAAGCUAUGGACCCACAUUUGGUGGAGGACACGAUAUUUACAUCUCAAGCUACGCCUCAUCCAACUCAAAUUCUUACUCAAACCUUGGACACGAGUACAGUCCACCAUCUGGCCACAGUUAUGGUAGCUACUUCACCCAAUCAUUCCUGGCAGGAAGUUACAUUUUUCAACCUGAUGAAAUUGAAGUGUUUUAUGAAGCUAUUUAA